CAUAAAAUAUUAGCAGUCGACAUUUGAGCGCGCUGUGAGGUGCAUGUGUUGUUGGGAACAUAUUUAGUGUUCGUAAAAAAAUUGUGUUUCCGAUCUUCGACCAUUUGUAUAACUUGAAUAGUUACAGUGUCAGUGGUUUUGCUAUAUUAUUUGUUUGUAAAGGAAAUAAUACAGGUAUAGUGUGGUGAGGUGUGAGGUGGUAAGUGGGCAGUGGGCAUCGGGUGAGGGCAGUCGUCAGCAUGCGGUGGGCGUGGGCGUCGGCGUGGCGCGGUGCGCGGCUGUUCGCGGCCGUGGCGCUGGCCAUGUCGCUCAGCCUCACGGCCGGCCGCCGCGACUACAAGAACCGCAUGGACAGCAUGGAAGCCAAGCAGAACUCAGACAUCUCGCUGUGGAUCGACGAGCGGCAAGUCCGCAUGUUUAGUGGUAUUUCAAUGCAAGUGUUCGCUAUUCUGAACGGCCACAUAUCGCCGUACAUCCUGGACCCGAACUUUUCGCACAAGCUACCAACCAUUCCCUCGGAGGUGGGCUACGUCAACUUCACGUGGCGUUCUCGAAAGCGCUACCAGUAUCACUUCGACACGCUCACUUCCUCCGACCCCAAGCUGCUCAAGCCGCCCGUCCUCUCUAUCAAAACCCAGGGCCGGGUGCCUAAAGCUCCAAAAGAAUUCAGUAUAUUUUUGAUAUGCCUGGGCAACAAUAGCGGCGUGGCGACAUUCGAAAUAGGACUCGUGCUUAAAAACGGCCGCAACAUCCCACUAAAAGGCACCCCUCUAAGGUUAAAUCUAAAGAAGGAAUGCGCACAGAGAGGUGUGUAUUUAGAAAGGACAGAAUUUGCGUUUUUAGGGCCGGACCCGGAGUGCGACAAGAAGUGCGCCAACCAAGGUUGGUGCAACGCGGAGAAGAUCUGCCAGUGCCGCGAGGGCUACAUGGGGCAGCAUUGCCGCACGGCGCUGUGCUACCCGCAGUGCAUGAACGGCGGCAACUGCACCGCGCCCGGCCUCUGCUCCUGCCCGCCCGGCUACCAGGGCCGCCACUGCGAGGGAGGAAUAUGCUCACAGAAGUGUCUCAACGGCGGCAAAUGUAUACAGAAAGACACAUGCGAAUGCCCCAAAGGUUACUACGGGCUACGCUGCGAAUUUUCGAAGUGCGUGAUCCCGUGCUUGGGCGGGGGGCGCUGUAAGGGGGUGAACAAGUGCCGCUGCCCGCCGGGGCUGGGCGGCGACCACUGCGAGGUGGGGCGGCGCGCGGGGGCAUGCGCGCGCCCCUGCCGGCACGGCCUCUGCCGCGGCGGCGUCUGCGUCUGCGAGCCCGGCUGGAGGGGACGCUUCUGUCAUCGCACGCACGGUUCUUCAGAAGAAUCCGGAGAAUUUAAGAGGCCACGAUAACUCAACAAGAACACGAAUAAUUUGUACAUUUCACAAAGAGAUAUCUAAAAAAA